UCUCUCCUGCAGACAACACCUCCCUCUACCCCUCGUCGUCGGCUGCCGCUCCCUCAACAGCCGUGACAGCCGCUGCCGACCCCUCCCCCUACCUCCCUCCACCGCCGCCACCUUCCUAACCGUGCCGCAUCGCUCCUCCGCCUCCCUUCACCCCCAGCCGCGCCCUCCGCCACCCUCAUCCACUAACGCCGUUGUCGGCUCAUUUACUCGCCUCUUUCGGUGUGAGUCCCUCUUUCACUAUACCCUUCCUCUCCUUUUUCGUUUUUUAGAUCUGUGGUUUUUGGAUUUUCAUAUAUGUUUUUUUUCUUCUAGUGGUACUGAUUUUCUUCUGACACUGGUACUAGAUGGAGUGAUACGUUACCACUACCAUCUUGUAGGUGGUAGUAGUGGCUUACCACUAUCAUUUGGUACUAGUACCAUUUGGUACCUGGUAGUGAUAGCCUGGUAGAUAGUGGUACGCUACCAUUACCAUGUACCAGAUGGCAGUGGUACCAAAUGGUACCAUCAGAUCGCGCAUUGUGCACCGCUCAUAAAUAAACGACAAUAAAUCUUCCAACAAGCAAUCUAACAACUAAUGCCCGUUGCGAGCACGUUUUCAAAGCACAGAGUGAAAAACAUGGUUAUCGUUGUAUAAUAACUCAAUAAGUGUGAUAGAAACCUGAGUGAGAUAUGUUAGGCCAAAAAAUGGUCCGUAAAAGGUCCAUCGCUUGCCUUUGUCAAAUCACACUUUAAUACGCUCCAAACUCUUGCAUUUUAGAAAAUUUGUUGCAAAUUGUUUUUGUGACAAUUUGUUUAUCAACCUCGUAUUUUGGGAUUUUCCCCGCCAUUGAUAGAUCAAUACAGACUGUGGUGUAAAAUUUAUUAUCCUUUUGCAGCUAAGGGGAAACCCAAAAACCCAAAAAGAUGAAACUGCAUCCUCUGCCAACGAUCCUUUUCUUCGUCGUGAUUCUAUCCAAUAAUUACGGUUUCGGAUCUCCCGACGACCCAAUCGAACCCAGCUACUACACUUCCCUCUUCAUCUUCGGCGACUCUGCCGCCGCCGCCGGAGUGGAUUUCGCUCCGGGAAACUUCGUUUCCAAUUGCCUAUUCCCUCCAUACGGCGAGACCUACUUCCACCAUCCCACCGGCCGUUGCAGCGACGGCAGAGUCAUCGCCGACUUCAUCGCUCAGCACCUCCUGGGCCUCCCUCUGCUUCCAGCAUACUCCGGAGAUCCGAUCAACAACAUCACUACUCUUUCUCGCGGAGCCAAUCUCGCCGUAGCUUCCGCCACCGCCCUCGACCACGAGUUCCUCGAAGCCAGGGGAAGCUCCACCUGCCAGAACUGCUCGCUGAGCGUUCAAUUGCAUCGAUUCAAGACCCUACUCAAUUCACUCUGUUCCGAUCCUUGGAAUUGCAGAGACAAACUCAGACACUCACUGUUUCUCGUUGGGGAAAUCGGCGGCGUCGAUUACCUGGGCUCCAACCGCGCCGGUCUGCCCUCCGGUGAGAUCGAGGAUCUGAUUCCAUUCGUCGUGGACCGGAUCGGGUCCGCCGUCGAAGAGCUCAUCGAAUUGGGGGCGGUCAGCUUCCUGGUCCCGGGGGAUUACCCGACCGGCUGCUUCCCCUGGAUCCUCACCCGGUUUCGGAGCUCUAGCCGGAGCGAUUACGACCCGGUCACCGGCUGCCUCGUCUACCACAACCGAUUCUCCGACCGCCACAACCGGAUGCUCCGAGAUGAAAUCGAGCGGGUCGGGAAGCUCCACCCGAGCGCGAGCAUUCACUACGCGGGUUAUUUCGAGUCGGCGAUUCGGAUCCACGAGAACCCGGAGGAAUUCGGGUUCGAGAGGGCGACGAUCAACAGGGCUUGCUGCGGAUCCGGAGGGCCGUACAAUUAUGAACCGUCGGCGGGUUGCGGGGAGGCCGGGGCGGUGGCUUGUGAGAGGCCGGGAUCUUAUGUCAAGUGGGACGAUCAUCACUACACGGAGGCGGCGAAUCGGGUCAUCGCCGGCGAUGUGAUUGCACGACACCGUUUGGGUGGGUUUGGUUCCCGCGCGAAGCGAGAAGCGAGGGAGUUACCGUUGGCCGCAGAAUGAAACGGGAAACUUGGGCGGGAAUUUCCGAUGGAUGAAUUGUAAAAUACUAUUUUAUUCUAAAGUAAAUUAUGAUUAUAUGUUUUUUUUUUGUAGGUUAUUAUAUGGUUUCAAAUAAGCUUACGAAAUAAGCUUCUAAAAUAAAUUAUUCUAAAAUGGACUGUGAAAUAUUAUUUUAUGUUAAAACUUCGACUAAAAUUCGGUUCGUUAAUAAGAAAAAAUGCAUUUACUGAAACUCAGUCUCAUCAAUAAGCUCACGAGUUCAACGGAGAAAAAAAAAUAAUAGUCCAAAAAUUCCCAUUAAAUAUAUUCAAAAUUUUAAC